GGACUCUGCCUCUUGCUCAGAGAUGCCCUGGCCCGGCUCACAGCCUGCGGAGCAUGGACUCCCGGGCCCGGGCUCACCCAGGGGCUGCCAAGCGUGGCCGCACCCCAAGAGGGACGCCGGGCAGGAGGACCAGAAAGGACUGGUCCUGCUUGCUCCUCGUGGCCUCCUUCGUGGGCGCCUUCGGCUCCUCCUUCCUCUACGGGUACAACCUGUCGGUGGUGAACGCCCCCACUCCGUACAUCAAGGCCUUCUACAAUGAAUCGUGGGAAAGAAGACAUGGGCAUCCAAUAGACCCAGACACUCUCACUCUGCUCUGGUCUGUGACGGUGUCCAUAUUUGCCAUUGGUGGACUUGUGGGGACUUUAAUGGUGAAGCUGAUCGGAAAAGUUCUUGGGAGGAAGUACACUCUGCUGGUCAACAAUGGGUUUGCGAUUUCUGCUGCAUUGCUGAUGGCCUGUUCUCUCCAGGCAGGAGCCUUCGAAAUGCUCAUUGUGGGACGCUUCAUCAUGGGCGUGGAUGGAGGCAUCUCGCUCAGCGUGCUCCCCAUGUACCUGAAUGAGAUCUCACCCAAGGAGAUCCGUGGCGCUCUGGGGCAGGUGACUGCCAUCUUCAUCUGCAUCGGUGUGUUCACCGGGCAGCUGCUGGGCCUGCCUGAGCUGCUGGGGAAGGAGAGCACCUGGCCAUACCUGUUUGGAGUGAUUGCUGUCCCCGCCUUGGUCCAGCUGGUGAGCCUGCCCUUUCUCCCUGAGAGCCCGCGCUUCCUGCUCUUUGAGAAGCAUGACCAGGCAGGAGCCGAGAAAGCCUUCCAGACUUUCCUGGGCAAAGAGGAUGUCUCCCGAGAGGUGGAGGAGGUCCUGGCAGAGAGCCGCGUGCAGAGGAACAUCCAACUGGUGUCCGUGCUGGAGCUGCUCCGGAGUCCCUUUGUGCGCUGGCAGGUCAUCACUGUGAUCGUCACCAUGGCCUGUUACCAGCUCUGCGGCCUCAACGCGAUUUGGUUCUACACCAAUAGCAUCUUUGGCAAAGCUGGGAUCUCACCGGAAAAGAUCCCAUACAUUACCCUGAGUACUGGUGGCAUCGAGACGCUGGCUGCCAUCUUCUCUGGCUUGGUCAUCGAGCGCCUGGGACGGAGACCCCUCCUCAUAGGUGGCUUUGGGCUGAUGGCCCUCUUCUUUGGGAUCAUCACCAUCACAUUGACAUUUCAGGACCAUGCCCCCUGGAUCCCAUACCUGAGUAUUGUGUGCAUCCUAGCCAUCAUCGCCUCCUUCUGCAGUGGGCCAGGGGGCAUCCCAUUCAUCCUGACCGGCGAGUUCUUCCAACAAUCCCAGAGGCCAGCUGCCUUCAUCAUUGCGGGCACCGUCAACUGGCUCUCCAACUUUGCUGUCGGGCUCCUCUUCCCAUUCAUUCAGAAAAGUCUGGACACCUACUGUUUCCUGGUCUUUGCCACAAUCUGCCUCACGGGUGCUGUCUAUUUCUAUUUUGUCCUGCCUGAGACAAAAAACAGAACAUUUGCGGAAAUCAGCCAGGCAUUCGCCAAAAGGAACAAGGCAAUCCCACCAGAGGAGAACACCAACUCAGCUGCAUCUGAUGCUAAGGUGACCAGAAGGCCCGAGCCAGACCCUGCCUCCACUCUGGACAAUUAUACCAAAAAUGGGAUUGUCUAAAUGGAUGAUCUCAGCAUUUCAGGAAACCAAAGUUUUCCCUACAUGGUUAAUAGUAUUAAGUAUUUAAAAAUAAACCUUUGCUAAUCUAACGUCACAA